AUGACCACAAGCAUAACAGACGCCCGCUUCACUGUCCUCCACCGCUCCCUCACCGACACCCUAUCCCUCUCCUUCGAUGAUCCCCCCGAGACAGGAUGGUCCGUCAUGCCAGGCUACGACGAAUCCAUUCCCAUCCCUUACCACCUCGAACCCCCUCGUCUAGAUGCAGACGAGACACUGCCGUCUCAGAUGCACCCUUCCUAUCCCUUCGGUCGCCCCGUGUCUUCAGGUAAGGGCCGAGGAGGGGCAGGGAACGGGAAGCGGAGAAGAGGUAGAAGAGUUGGCAAUUUAUUGGGGACUGUUGGGGGGCGGGAGGAAGGAGGCAGUAGCGGACUGAGGGUGGAAGGGUUUGGUGCGAGGGGAGGCCUUGGUGGAGGGCCCGGAGGGUGGGGAGGUGGUGGAGACGGGGACGGAUGGGAGGAGAGCGGAUUGAGGGAGAUUGUGGAGAAGGAGGAGAAGAAGGAAGUACCUCCUGGCAUGGCUGGCGCUAAACGUCCACCGACUCCGCCAUCGCCAUCCCUCCACCCCAAUCAACUGCCUCUUCCUCGAUCAGGACAUCUGCUAAGACAGCUGGAAAGACAGCAGUUAAGAGAAGCGAUACAAGCAGAAUUGCAAUUCGACGGCCCAGUGCCGAAUGAAGUACCAGCAGGGCAGAGAGGAGACGAAGCUGAGGGCGAACAAGGAGGUGGAGAUGGUGGUCAGCAGGAGUAG